AUGGAGGAACUAGGUCUUAAAUUGGACCUCACAAAAGUAGGAAGAAUUUGGAUUCUGAGAGCAGGGAACGAGGAGGACACUCUGUUGAUGUGUGGUGAAAACUCUGAGAAAAAGGGAAAAAGCUGUUCACGGAGAAGGUUCAGAGAGAAAAUUUCUUCCAGCAGGUUCUGGGACAUGGGGGAGGACAGGAGGAUGGGAGAGAUUCCAGGCGUGGGGAGGCGCGGCGGGGGAAGCCCGCGGCGCCCGCCUCCAGGGGGCCCAGCCCUGCCGCCGGGCGUCUGGGCGUCCCCGCGAGUCCAAGCCGGAGCCGAGCCCGAGCGCGAGCGGGAGCCGCCCGCCCUGGACCACAAGCCCCUGCUGCCCGAGCGGCCGCCCGCCUACCACCUGGAGGCCGGCCAGGGCGACUAAGCGUGCGGCCCGCACCGCUACGGCGCCCUCCCGCGGCCGCCCUCCCCUUGCCUCGUCACAGGGUUACCCCACCACCACCCCAGGGUCUGCAACAUCCACAGUCGAAAUGUCAGCCGGCACCGUGGCAGUUCCGUCGUUGUCGUUGGAGGCUGCCCUGUCUGCAGCGUCGGGGCUCUGGAGGACGCCACCUUCCUGGGCAUCUUCCUGGCCAUCGUCUUGUGCCCCUUUGGGUUCAUCUGCUGUUUUGCCUUGAGGAAGCGAAGAUGGCCCAACUGUGGAGCAAACUUUACUUAA